CUGCUGACUUUUCAAAGCCGGGUAUCGCAGCUUCACAAUUCCAGAACUAUACCACGGCUCCAAGUGCAGCGGUAAGCUCUCCCCAGCCCCCAGUAUCAAUCCCCCUCCCCCGCGUGACUAACUCUCCUUCCCACCUGUCUAGUCACCACCUACGUGGGCUGGAAAUGCAAACCAUCCAAGAGAGGAGCUGAAGGUAUCGACAAUGUGACAUAUACGACCGACCCGAAGCAGUCGAGGCUGGGCGGUAAGGGCGAGUGCCACACCGAGCCUGAUGAUGAUGAUGGCCUUGGUAUGUACUCUCUGCGCUGGAAGUGCGAGCACGAUAAAGAUGCCGACAUCAAGCAUGGCGACGACGCGGAGCCGAAGGGGCACGAUGAGAAGAAGAAGAAGAAGAAGAAGAAGAAGAAGAAGAAGAAGAAGAAGAAGAAGAAGAAGAAGAAAGGAAAGUCGCCGUCUUUGUACAACGACGACCCGCCACGCCCUCCGAAGGACACUCGCAAGCGCCGGGAGUUUGUGGCCUGAGCGAAGAUAGGGGCAAGAGGCUCUCCGGUGACAUGGGAUGGGGAUAGUCAUGGUCUCCAGCACUACUCAGUAUUCCAGAUUCAGCUCUCCGACAAAAAUUAUUUCCUUGGUUUCUUAGAGAUAGAUCUACCAGUUUCCAACUGCUGGAGGUUAUGCCGCAUAUGUAGAUUCACAGUCUUUCGAAUGUAACUCCCAACUUUUCUUACAGCAACCAA